CACAAUGCAGACGACACGAUUCGCCACCAUGCUGCGCCAGCAGGCACCAACUCUCCGCAGCCGUGUCCAGCCAUCUAUCCGCAUGCAGGCGAGGGGCUUCAGAACGACGCAGAUCAGACAAGCCGUUCCGAAGGAAGAGCAGUCCGCCCAUACUAUUUCGCAGCGUCUCCGAACCCUCAAGAAGAUCCCACCGGAGUUGAUCCCUCUUGGUGUUGUCCUGGCAGCUGCCCUGAUUGCUGCUGGCUAUUCCAUGACCAGAAAGCUUAUGACCGAUAAGACGCUCCGCCUUUCGAGACAAGGAAAGCAGGCAGAGCACUAGAAUGCAGUGUGAGCUGGGACGUAGGAGCUAUUGUACAGAUGCAGGACACGGACUCGGAAUUCGGUUUGCGCCAAUGAGGCCAAGAGAGAGGAUAACAUCAACUUUCCUAUGUAGUGCACAAUUGCACGGGUCCCGUGCUGUCACGCUACGCAGGCUGCCUUUUUGUUCAUUGUUGCAUUUACGGGACGCGGAUAUCACGUUGCAAGUCUGCACUUGACAACUGACAGAGUCGCUCCCACGUUGGACCUGCGAUACUGCAACAUCACAAUAGCAAACAAUGCCAAGACCUUGGAUUGGUCGUCG